AUGCCCCAUUCAGUUGAAACAGAGGACAAGACAUCGGAAAGCAGCAGAGACAUCCGAAUUGAAUCGAAGGACAUCCGAGCAGUCUCGAAACACCCAUCGGUGUCGAUGUUCCAAGAGAUCAAGGCACUAGGUAAUCGGAGGAGAGCUCUCAAGAAGCUGUUCAGAAGUAAUCCAAAGACAGUCGAGAAUACAAUCGUGAACAUCGAAACGUUCCUAAGAGACAGCCGUAAAGUUCGCCUGCAUCGAUCCCCCAGACAUCACUGGGCGAUGGAGGUUUCCUGCCUGACAUUGUUCGAAGUAUAUUUGAAGCUGAAGAAAAAAUCUGUCACGUUUGAGCACGUGCGGGAAAACCUCGAGAACAUGUAUGCCCUUGUAGAUUUCCUGGAUGUUGAGAGUCCAUCCGCAGCUCAGUACCUGGCAAGACAACUUAAGCGGAUGAUGAUCCUACUGGCGGAUCUCUCUUCAAAACUCGAGCACUACGCUGGACUGAAAGCAACGAAAUGGACUAUGGUAGCCGAGACUCUCACGCCAAUUAUCGAGAGACAGGAACACGACACAUCGCUCGCGGACUCCAUUCCGAGCAUCAAGGAUUUCAGUGUCUCGCGCAUACUAGGCGCGGGGGGUUUCGGCGCUGUUUACAAAGCAAGAUACGGGAGCGAAACUGAUUUGAGGCGUGGCGUUUUCUGCACCGUGAAGCUCGUACCUAGAGCAAUGUUCGAAGUGGCCAAGCACGCUUGUGUAGACAAAGUUGUCGGUAGCUGCAGCAGGCAUCCGUUCAUCGCCAGGUACUUCAGUACCUUCUUAUCGAGUCAGGCGUUCGUAACCGUUCAAGAGUAUAUACGAGGGGUCGACUUGAGUCGUGCUGUCAAACGGCAGAAGGGACUCAAAGAAGAGCAGGUCCGACUGAUAAUGGCCCAAGUGGGCCUCGCUCUGAAUCAUAUGCAUCUCAAGGGCUUCAUACAUCGGGAUAUAAAGCCUUCGAACAUGAUGGUGAUGCCCGGCUGCGUCGUGAAGCUCAUAGAUUUCGAUACCAUCAAGAUCGGUAUUGGAUGUUUCACCCAGAAGAAAUUGAACACGUACAACGCACGGACAUACUGCGAGUUCAACGAUAGGGAAUCCGCCGGCACGCUCCCCUAUUUCCCCCCCGAAGUCAUCAAAGUUCAAUACUACGGACGAGCUCUGGACUGGUGGGCUGUCGGUGUCACUACCUACCAAUGUUUCUUCGGCAAACUCCCCUUCCGGAACGAGAAGGACGACGAGGACUUGAAGAGGAAAAUCAUCGAGUGCAAAUAUCAACUUGAGCUCAACGAUAUCAGACCAAGCUCGGUGCUGAGGGACUUCAUCACUCAAUUAAUGACGAAGAAGGUUUCGAUGCGCCUGUGCUCAAAGUCGUUCAGCGAGUACUUGAAUCACGACUUCUUCGCUGGUAUCAGUUGGAGCCAGAUCGAGAGAGGUCAAGUCACUCUUCCGUGCCAAGGCAUCGACAGCCUCUGCCAAGUGCAGAAUAGCGGCGUCUGCUCCCCGAUACCACCUGAUAAAGAUUUCGGCGACGAAUACCUCAAAUUGAGCGAACAAAAGGAAAGCAAAGACCAGAUCGAGCUCUUCACGUAUUUGUCCCCCGGCUUCCGGAACGUGAUGCAGAAACAUCACAGACGGCAGCCAAUGAACGAAGGAGAUUUGGAAGACCCGCCGGAAGCGCAACCUAAACAGACAACAAGGAGAUACCGCUUCGGGAAUUAUUUGUACCGACCCAAGACAAGGAAGAGCAAGCGGGGGACUGCCAGAAAUGCUUGA